AUGGUCUGCAAGAAGUGCGAGUCAAAACUGUCUAAGGUUGCAGCACCCGACCCAUUCACUUCAACCUCAAGUAGCGUUAAAGAGGGGAGCCGGAAGAUUGGUGAAAACAAGCUUUUGACCCGGCCAGGAAGCUCUAAGAACAGGUUCCAGCCGUAUCAAGGGAAAUGCAAAGACUGUAAGCAGACAGUGACACAGAAUAAGGCGAAAUACUGUCAUGGCUGUGCUUAUAAAAAGGGUGUUUGCUCGAUCUGCGGGAAAGCUAUCCUUGACACGUCUGGAUACGUCAUGUCUUGCAAGUAA